UGGGGCGAUUUUGAGUAUCCUUGUGUUAUAUGGUCUUGUUAUCACGGCGACCGAGGCGGCAGAAAAUCGCGACUUGGAAGGUUCAAAUGCUUUAUAUAUAAAACUGAUACCUCUUAAGGUACUUCCCCGUCUAAGUACCUUUGAGCCGGUUAUCCAGGUUGAAGCGGUUCCGUGUAACAUCGUAUUGCCAUGACGGAUAUCAAGCAGGGCCGAGGGCCGGAGAAUGCUUUCGUCGGUCUUGUGAAGGAGAUCUUCAAUUGGUACCCUUCUCACUAUCCAGCCGCUGAGAGAAAGCUUUUAUUUAAGCUUGACUUGUCAAUUCUCAUCUUCGCAUGUCUAUGCUUCUUCGUGAAGUUCCUAGACCAAACCAAUAUUAGCAAUGCAUAUGUUAGCGGUCUUAAAGAAGAUUUCGGCCUUUAUGGGAAUGAGUUGAAUUAUUUCAACGUCUGCUAUUAUGUGGCUUAUGUGGUCUUCCAAAUUCCCGGCAUGCUCCUCAUGUCCCGGCCGAAGCUUGCUCGUUGGUUAUUGCCAUCAUUAGAAGUUCUUUGGGGCCUCUGCACAUUCGCUCAAAGCCGAGUUACGAAUGUUCAGCAGUUGUACGCUUGUCGCUUCCUCGUGGGAAUGUUGGAGGCGCCGGUCUUCGCCGGGACACACUUCAUCUUAGGUUCUUGGUACAGCGGGCCGGAGCUCUUCAAGCGUGCCGGAACGUGGUUCAUCUGCAACCCCCUAGGUUCAAUGGUCAGCGGUUACUUACAGGCGGCUGCAUACACUCAUUUAUCAGGCGUUGGCGGAAUGCCUGGGUGGAGAUGGCUUUUCAUAAUCGACGGAAUAUUUACUUUGCCGAUUGCUCUGGCUGGUUUCUUGGUUUUCCCCGGCAUCCCAGACUCUCCCAAGCCGUUCUACUUCACCUCAGACGACAUCGCGCUCGCGAAAGCCAGAUUAGAAAGAGCGAAGAUACGAAAGCCUGGGAAGCUGGGACUUGAUGUUUUCAAGCGAACCCUUGAGCGCUGGCAUAUAUGGGUUUUCGUCUUCUGUUACAUAUGCAUGAUUAUCUCUGGAUACCCUGAUUCAUACAUGAACCUUUGGUUGAAAGAGGAGGGCUUCUCGGUGUCCCAAAUCAACCAGUUACCCACUGUUACAUAUGCCAUCAACAUCGUAGCAUCGUGGCUCGGGACAACUAUGGCGGCGAUCUAUCCGUCAUGGGUGAUAUAUACCGGUGCAACUAUUUGUAUCGCAUUCUCUGCUCUAUGCAUGAUAGUUUGGAAUAUUCCGAAGCCACUCAAAUUCGUCGCCUGGUAUGUCUUCGGAGUGUCAGGAUGUCUAAGCCCUAUCCUCUAUUCGACGGUAAAUACAGUUGUUAAAGGCGAUUCAGAAGAAAGAGCGCUUAUCUUGGGAGCAAUGAUGACCUUCGGUUAUUCAUUCAAUAUCUGGGUACCUCUCCUACUAUUCCCCACUGCUGGUCCCAAUGGUGCGCCCCGGUGGAGGAUUGGCUGGCCUGUCGCGCUGGCCUUCCAUGUCCUUCUAUGGGCUGGGUUUGUCACUGCAAUAUUAAUACAUCGCCGAGAUUCUAAGAGGGAAUCUGAAGAAAACCAUAACGAGGCGGAAGAAACCGACGGAAAUUCCUCUGCGGAAGAGCCAGUUCUCCUCCAGACCGAGGCACCGGUAAAGGAUUAGGAGGUCUAUCUUAUAUACAUAAUUGGACCAUUAAAAAGAGUAUACGGGGAGCUCCAUACUCAUCUAGCAUUUGCUGUCAGGAUUGAUCGGAGUUAUUCCGAUAUUGUGUAACGUAGCCCCUUUUAUGAGACCACAGGUUUGUACGACCAUGUAAAUUCCCCGGAUUUUACUAAAAAA